AUGAAGAAAGCGACAUUUUACAGUUUCUGUUACUAUUACUACAUCGUGUGUCUAAUGGUGAUCUUAUUAGUGUACGAAUCCGCCGCGGAGGAUUACUCCGGCCAAUUAGCUAACAACGUAACCGUCGAUCUAAACCAAUUAGCUAACACCAUAACCGUCGAUCUAAACGGCGCCGGAGAUUGCGAAACGGUCCAAAGUGCAAUUGAUUCAAUCCCUGAUCUUAACCAAGAUUGGAUCCGUAUUCUCAUAAAAAGCGGCACUUACAUAGAGAAAGUAACAAUACCAAAAGAUAAGGGAUUCAUAUAUAUGCAAGGAGAAGGAAUUGAGAAGACGAUAAUCGCUUACGACGAUCAUCAAUCAACCGAUACUAGCCCCACUUUCACGGCUUUUUCUGACGAUAUCAUCAUUUCCGGAAUCACUAUCAAAAAUACGUAUAAUAUCGGAUUAGAUUCAACUUCUGUAGCGACACCAAUCAAACCAGCGGUAGCUGCGAGACAUUACUAUAGAAGAUGUGUUAUCUCCGGUGCCAUCGAUUUCAUUUUUGGCUAUGCCCAAACCAUUUUCGAGAAAUGCACGGUGAAUGUAACGGUAGGAAUCUACGCACCGGAUAGAGCAUACGGAACGAUAACGGCGCAAGGAAGACAGUCACCUACAGAUAACGGUGGGUUCGUGUUUAAGGAUUGCACCGUUACUGGAAACGGCAAGGCGUUACUUGGACGAGCAUGGGAACCUUACGCACGUGUUAUCUUUUACCGUUCAAACUUUUGCGACUCUAUUUUGCCAAUUGGUUGGGAUGCUUGGAGAGCUAAAGGCAAAGAGGGCGAUACAACGUUUGUGGAGUAUGGUUGCACCGGAGCUGGAUCAGAUACGUCACAGAGAGUGCCAUGGCUCAAGAAAGAUAGUGAAAAUGAAGUUCUUAGCCUCACCAAUGUUAACUCUAUUGACCAAGAUUAUUGGCUUAAUAGGCUCCCCAUCAAUUACAACAUUGUGUGUAUGGUCGUGACGUUGUUGAUGUUCGGAUCAGCCGCAGCAGUAGAAUUAGCUUACACCAUAACUGUUGAUUCUAACGGAGAAGGAAUUGAUAAUACAAUAAUAGAAUACGAUGAUCAUAAAGCGACCGAUACGAGCGCAACGUUCACUGCUUUUGCUGAUGAUAUCGUCAUUUCCGGUGUAACUUUUAAGAACACGUACAAUAUACCAAAUGACAAACCGGAGAUCGUACCGGCGGUAGCGGCGAGGAUGCUUGGAGAUCGAUAUUUAGUGACGGAUUCAAGUUUCGACGGACUUCAAGAUACUUUAUUUGACGCAAAAGGCAGACAUUAUUACAAACGAUGUAUCAUUUCUGGUGGUAUCGAUUUCAUAUUUGGUUAUGCUCAAUCACUCUUCGAGGGAUGUACUUUGAAUUUGACUUUGGGGAUAUACGCACCGGAAAGGACGUACGGAACGAUAACCGCUCAACAAAGAUUGUCACCGUUAGAUAACGGAGGGUUUGUGUUCAGUGAAUGCACCGUAACGGGAAUAGGCAAAACAUUGUUGGGACGAGCGUGGGGAUCAAACGCACGAGUCAUCUUUAGCGGCUCGGAGUUAUCCGACGUCGUUGUUCCUAUUGGUUGGGAUUCUUGGCUUGCCAAAGGCCAAGAGAAACAUUUAACGUUUAUGGAGGUUGGUUGCACCGGAGCUGGAGCGAACACGACGCAGAGAGUGCCGUGGCUCAAGAAGGCGCGUCUAAGCGACGUUGUUGGAUUCGUGAGCGUUUCUUUCAUUGACCAAGACGAUUGGCUCUCUAAAUGCCCCAUUGGUCUUGGACCUUACCAUUAG